GUGUCCAUCAUGGCUGCUCCUGCUGUUGCUGCUGAUUCUCCAGUCAUAGAAAAUAUGCCAGAAACUGCCGGUGGGGCCACGGAAAAUUCAGCUGAGGCCCAGAAACGACCGCAGUUUGGCACUCGCUUCCUCACAGACCCGCGACAGGUGUUUCAGCACAACGCGUGGGAUAAUGUGGAGUGGUCAGCAGAACAGGAGGAGGCUGCCUUGAAAAAAGUGCAAGAAAACAGUCAACCUCUCCCAGCAGAAAAACAAGAGGAGUUUGACGACAGGGCCAAUGAAUACUGGAAUGACUUUUACACCAUUCACGAGAACCGCUUCUUCAAGGAUCGUCACUGGCUCUUUACAGAGUUCCCCGAGCUUGCACCUCAGCAAAAGCAUUUACGGGGUGCUGAGGAGAAGGAAAGCCUGGAACACAUGUUAAAUGGUGAAGAUGUUUCCUCGAAUCACACACAUGAUGAAUUUCCUGGAGCCUCUGCAUCCUAUCGCAUCCUGGAGGUGGGCUGUGGAGUAGGCAAUACAGUCUUUCCCAUCUUAAAAACCAACAAUGACCCAGGACUCUUUGUUUACUGUUGUGAUUUCUCCAGCACAGCUGUAGACCUCGUCAAAUCAAAUCCUGAGUAUGACCCAUCACGCUGUCAUGCAUUUGUCCAUGAUAUGAGUGAUGAAUCUGGAGAGUAUCCCAUGCCAGAUCACAGUCUGGACGUCAUCGUCCUCAUAUUUGUGCUGUCCGCUCUGCACCCUGAGAAGAUGCAAAAGUCUAUCAAUAGAUUGGGACGAUUGCUGAAACCCGGAGGAGUGUUGUUAUUGAGAGACUAUGGCCGAUAUGACAUGGCACAGCUACGUUUCAAAAAAGGGAGGUGCUUGUCUGAAAACUUCUAUGUUCGAGGUGAUGGAACCCGCGUCUACUUUUUCACACAAGAUGAGCUGCAUGAUCUGUUCUCCAGUGCGGGUCUGGAGAAGCUGCAGAAUUUGGUGGAUCGACGAUUGCAGGUGAACAGAGGAAAGCAGCUUACAAUGUACAGAGUCUGGGUUCAGUGCAAGUAUCGCAAGGUCCUGGCACCCACUUAACAUCAAAACCGCUUGUUUGGAGAGAAGGAGAACAUCUGGAUUGCUGUACCAUGACAAAUCUGUGACGUAGUUUUACAGAUGAUGGACAGACUGCAGGAGCUUCAAGGUUACGGUGCUUAUGUUUGCUCAAAGUGGUAUCUGAUGUAUCCUGCUUGGGAAUAAGAGGACAAGAGUUCCCAUGAUGCACCUGAGGGCUUUAAACUGUUUGUCCAUCACAUUGAGUGAUGUUUUUUUAAGGACAAUUUUUUAGUAGGAAUAAACCAGAUGAAAUGAAGGC